CAGGCAAGACUCACCUUGACAAGAUGUUUUCCCACGACUGAUUGAGCGAGCGAUGUGUUUCUGGAUCUGAAUCAAGGACGCCACUGCGCAGUAUCUCUGCCAGCCCAAAAUGCGCUGGUUUUGAGGAGAUUCUUUCUUCCCCAAGGGCAGAACCAGCCAUCGCUGCUAUUUUCUCGCCAGAUGGCUCCCCGCAAGAGAAAGACACCACCCAGGCGACCAAGUGGAUCCAGAGCACCCACAAGAUCCUUGGUCUGCAGCAAUGGAUGAGCACCACACCGAGCCCCAAGAUCCCUGGGUUGGCUUCCUUCCUGUUAUACAUUCGCCAUGUGUUCACUGGAGGCAUGCUGGACAAACAGCUGUACUUCAGCCUGACUCGGCGACGGCGAUUCAAGCGACUCGAUCUCCACAGCAAGCGACAGCGCACCGUCCACGAGAUGUGCAAGCAAGUCAUCGACCAGGCACCAAGGGAGACCGAGGUGGUGAUUGCCUUUGGGAAUGCCUCCUGGAAACAGGGGAAGGGAUAUGCUUCCAGUCCCAGGAGACUCAGGUUUGCCAAGUACUUUGAGCAGUUCCACCACCACCAGAGACGCCAACCAGACCGAUCCGUCUCCAAGAUCCGUGUGUGCUCGGUGAACGAGUUCAACACAUCCCAGACAGGAGUGCAAUGCCAUGGCCUGCCCGCUGGGCCUACAAGUCAGUCAGCGGGGUUCAGACAUCUGAAGCCUAGAAGGGGAAGUGUCCCGUUUCUUUCUGGAUAGACUUGUUUGCUCAGCCCCGCGGUUUGGAUCGCGGAUUUCGGCAUUCCGUAUUGCAACUUCCCGACACCCGGCCGGCCGGCCCAGCAACCCGAUAGCUCGCCAUCCCAGCAUCCUGAUAUCC